AUGUCUACGGUUCUUCAGUCGGAGAGUAUCGACCUGGCCAUCGAAAGCAUUGGCCAAGAGUCAAGGAUACUUCGAGAGAGUCCCCUCCUAUCCAAACUCUCUCAACCCACCGUCCUCGGCGGGUUCGCCCUCUUCCUCAACACAUGGGGCCUCCUAAACACGUUCGGGGUCUUCCAAAUCCACUACGCGAGCACGACGACCGCCAGCGCCAGCGCGAUCUCGUGGAUCGGGUCGACGCAAGCGACGCUCCUCCUCGUCAUCGGGGCGAUCACGGGCCCGAUCUACGACCGCGGCCACCUCGUGGCGCUGUUAGCAUGCGGCACAACCUGCAUAUUCCUAGGCCACGUCUUCCUCAGCCUCAGCACGCAAUACUACCAAAUCCUCGUCUCGCAGGGCCUGCUGAAUCGGCCUCGGCGCGGGCUGCCUCUUCGUGCCGUGCGUCUCGGUGCUACCUCGCUACUUCAGCAGCCGGCUGGGGCUCGCGACGGGGCUGGCCGUGUCGGGCUCCUCGGUCGGCGGAAUCAUCUACCCUGGUAUGCUGUACCGGCUCCUCCCUCAAGUAGGCUUCGCCUGGGCCGUGCGCAUCAUCGGCUUCGUGGCGCUGGCCACCCUCGCGCUUCCGCUCGCCGUCAUGCGGCAGCGCAUCCCCCCGCGCGCCCGCGCGCCCUGGUCGACCGCGCCGCCUGCACGGAUCUCCACUACUGCCUCUUCGUGGGGGCGUCGCUGCUGGCGUUCAUGGGGCUGUUCGUGCUGCUGUUCUACAUCUCCUUCGCGGCGGAGGAGCGGCGCAUCGCCACCGAGCACAUGGCGUUCUACAUCGUGCCCAUCCUCAACGCGGCCUCGUGUUUCGGGCGCACCCUCUCCAACGCCCUGGCCGAUCGGCUGGGGCCGUUCAAUCUGAUCGCCCCAUGCUGUCUGGUCGUGGCGGGGUGUCUGUUUGCCAUGGUGGGGGUGAGGACGCUGGGCGGGUUGGUGGGCGUCGCGCUCGUGGCGGGGUUCUUUAGCGGGGCGUUGAUCGGAUUGCCGCCGUUGUGUUUUGUGGGGUUGACGGCGGAUCAAUCUAUGAUUGGGACGCGGAUGGGCAUGGGGUUUGGGAUUAUUGGGCUCGGG